GUUCAGUUUUCUUUUCAAUAAAAAUAUUGUAAAAAUGUCUUGCACAUCUUAUUCAGAGUUCAGUGCACUUCGUUAAGUUGCUAGCCCUUAGCAUAGACUUAAACCACAACCUUUGGGGCAAUCAGCUGUUUUUCGAAUUCGCAAUUCAAUUGCAGCUCUAUGCAAUCCAUUUGUUUUUCGUGAAUUUGCAACCCUGGCUAACAACCAAAACUAAAUUGCCAGCCAUUGCAUAAAAAAAACAUAUACCGUGCAGAAGAAAACGUAUAAUAGAAAAAAUAAAACACAACAAAUACGCAUAAGUGAAGUGAAAUAAUUUUCGUAAAAUAGUACAAAUUAAAGGAAUCGAAACGGCAGCAAGCACAACUGCUGCAAUUUUGCAAAAGACAAGAAGGAAAAUGCAAUAAAACCUGCUGUGUGGAUCACUGAAUAGCAACUACCCAUUAGCCAAAUUAAACACUGUUUUGUUUGUGAGCAGCGAGCAUGACUGAAAAAUACGACGGCAACGGUGAUUACUCCGCGUACAACGAGGAGGACAGCAACGAGUACGGCGGAGGUGGUGGUAAAGCACGCAAAAGUGCUGGAAACGGGGGCGGAGGGGGACCGCAUAACGGCGAUGCUGGCGCCCAUGAUCUUCAUGGCGUCCCAGAAGGUGGCGCAAGUGUGCAGCUAAAUGAGAAGGCCAACGAAUACAUACGCGACUGCAUGGCCGAGAAGAAUCGCAUGGACCGCAAAUUCCCCAUAGCCGAGAAGCUCAUGGAGGGUGAGAUUGAAAAGGUGCAGACCACGGGACGCAUUCCGUCGCGGGAGCAGAAGUAUGCGGACAUCUAUCGCGAGAAGCCACUGCGCAUUUCACAGCGUGUCCUGGUGCCCAUCCGGGAGCAUCCCAAGUUUAACUUUGUGGGCAAACUGCUCGGUCCCAAGGGCAACUCACUGCGCCGUCUGCAGGAGGAGACGCUGUGCAAGAUGACGGUGCUGGGUCGCAACUCAAUGCGCGAUCGUGCCAAAGAGGAGGAGCUGCGCAGCUCCAAGGAUCCCAAGUAUGCGCAUCUCAACAGCGACCUGCACGUGGAGAUCUCCACAAUUGCGCCGCCAGCCGAGGCUUAUGCACGCAUCGCUUAUGCCAUGGCCGAGCUGCGCAAGUAUCUCAUACCGGAUAGCAACGAUAUCAUACGCCAGGAGCAGCUGCGCGAACUCAUGGAUAGCACAAGUCUCAACGAUAGCGACAGCAACUCGAAGAAUUCGUAUAAGAAAGUUUCGCACAUGCAGAGCUCGAAUGCUAUUGGAAAUUCCAUGGGAGGAUCAACAAAUUCAGGCGCUGCUGGCGCUGGAGUUGCCAAGAAUAUGGCUCAUCAUGGUUACAGAGGUUCGCAGCAGUCGUCGUUUAGCAAAAAUGUGUUGGCCCCCAAGCAAAAGGUCAUGUCCAUACUGGAGAAGGCUAGAACAGCAAUGGAUGAGACCUAUGGUCGCGGCUAUGAGGAUGGCAUUGCCUACGAUCCGCAUCAGUCCUACGAUGCCUACAGCUAUGCAUCCCACGGCGUACACGGACAUGGUCAUGGUCCGCCCACGAGUAUACUCGGUGGUGUUGGCAACGUAACUGGCGUAGGCGGCGGGGGAGUGCGAGGCGGGCACUAUGAAACUGCGGAUUACGAAACAGAUUACUCGCGACGGGACUAUUAUCAGCAUUCACCAGGAUAUACAGGUGGCGGCGGAGGAGGAGGCGGAGCGGCGCAAUCGAAUGCAAACAACGCAGCAGGCCUUAAUUCAAAUCACAAUCGCAGCCAUGUUAACAGGUGAAAUAACGCCUGCAAUGGAGGUGGUGCGAGGGGAGGCGCAACUAGUGCAACAAAUCCUAUACCAAAAACCCACAAUCUGACCAUCAACCGCAACUGCAACAGUAACAGCCACAAUAGUAGCAGCAGCAGCAGCAACAGCUAUUUAAUGCCUAGAUCUGUGACAAAUGAAUGCAGCACUAACAAGCACAACAACUUUGGCAAUGGCAGCGGCUGCUCAAAGCAACAUCAACAAGCUACACAACAACUACAACAACACCACUCACAACAAUCGUUGGUCCAACAACAACAACAACAACAGUUACAGCAACAACACCCACAACAACAAAAUUACCCACCGCACAACAGCAACAAAAACAACAACAACAACAAUCAUAUUGCCAAUGAUGUGAGCAUGACGAACUUUUCGAUAUCGCCGUACACACUGAACCAAAAGGAUGCAACGAAUGACCACAAGAAUGCCGUAGUUGCAAGCAACAGCAGUAACAACAACAACAAUAACAACACUCACAUCUCAGGCUGUAAAAACAAGAACAGCAACAACAACCAAAACAACCAGAACAACACAAGAACUGCAACAGUGCCCAGUAUGCUAUUAGUAAGCCCCUCUAUUCCUUCGCUUCAUACAAUUUGUGAGAUUCCGUUGUUGCCAGUGCAGUUUUUCUAAACCACAAAUAUCACAAAAUCAACCCAACAACAACAAGAACAACAACAACAGAUACAAUAAACAAUAGUAACAUAUAACAACACCAAAUCAAGAGACAACAAUACAAACAUCACAAAUACUUUGUACACUAAGAGGGAAGAUGAUGAAUAUUUACAAACGACAACCUUAAGAUAUACAUACUUAGAUAUAUACUAAAACCAAAAAACAAACAUAUACAUUAUAUACAUAUAUAUAUAUAUAUACACAUAUUUUUGAGUGCAAGGAAAUCGUUGGAUGAUAGUGCAGCUACAAGUUGAAAAUUUUACUUUGUGUUGGUCGCUGGACGCUGAGAGACGUUUGGACAAUUUAUGUCCGCUUUUUUAAUCUAUAUUUACACAAAGAGCAAAAACAUCUUUAAGAUACAACUCGCACUCGUCUGCAAACGUGCGGGAUUAAUUGACAAAUUAAAUUAAACAAUGAUAUAAACGUUAAAUAAUUAGAUGGGCGAAACUGAAAGUUGGCCUGGCAUAAAUAAUAUAUAACGACAUGAGACAUAUUAUUAAACGUAAAACCGUAAUGAUGAAACACAGCUCGAUCUCCAGCAUAUGAUUGAAAACAUUUUCCACAAUUUAUUCAAAUUUAAUAAUUGCUUAAUCUCUUCUUCGUAUUCGUAACUUAACUCCUUGUUACUGGCGAUUGAGUGUGUUGAGUACACUUGGUGUACUUACUUCUUUAAGUGUGUGUGUGUAUGUAUAACUAACGCGCAGUUGGAAAGGAAAUCUAUAAGAUUUUGCUACUUAAACAAACUAUAUAAUUGGGCACACUUAACAUAAAUUUAAUAUAUAACUAAAUAUAUACAUAAAUAUAUUAUAUACAUACAUACAGAACAUAAUAUUUACAUAACAAAUGAAUAAUGAAUGAUUGACAUCAUAGAAAUGAAAAGAUAUUUAUAAAUAUACGAAUUAAAUACUCAUAACCUAAUAUAUAUAUAUAUAUUUAUAUUAUUCAGAAAUUGUGAAUUGAAGCCCAUGAUUAUGUGGAUAACGCUGCAAAUGAUUACUUUAUUGAAACAAUAUGAAGAAACUAUAAUACUACGAUAUGAAUAAACAAAAAUACUCAUUGAAUUUAAAUAAUAAGACACGCAGAGUCGAAAAGCUCAAAACAAAACUUACUUUAAAUUUGAACCGAAUUUACUUUCAUGAAUUUACUUUUAUUUUACUGAACAUUUCCUAAUAAGCGAAAAUUAUGCCAAACUUGAAAUUUCUAAAGAAUUUGAAUUACUUACGUUUGUGCCAAAUGAACCCACUAUAACUAAUCUUCCAAUUCAAUAUUAUGUGAACUCAGAUGAGUCUAGAAUUUCUAAAUUUAUUUUAUUUAUUCCCUUAAGUUUCAAAAUCUUAAUUUCGCAUUUACUAUCAGCUGAGCAGUUCAAUAUGAAUACAUCUACAUAUUACAACUUUAAUCGAUUGUUGGUAAAGUGCAAAGAACUUAAUUACAAAACAGAUAAAUAAAAAUAUCAUGUCCAAAAUGCAAAUUGUUGCGACUAAAGCAAAGUGUAAGAAUUACUUAUAAUCAUGUGAACGUUAAAUUGUUGAAAACAAUUAAAAUCUAGUUUAUAAAACAAUAUCAAUAAUGAACAAAAGAAACAAAAAAACGACGAUACAUUCAUUUAAUUCAACUAAUUAUUGUUAUUAUUAUUAUACAAAGAUUAAAUAAACAUAAACAGAAUUAAAAGACAAACUUACUUAAAGGGCAAUUCCCGAAAGCCCAAAUUCAGAAUUGAAAUUUCAAUAUAAAUUCAAAUAAAUAAUACUUAUUAAAUGGAUGGCAACUAAUGUUUAAACAAA